AUGGUAACUAUACUUGACCUACCAGAUGAAUGUCUAACAAACAUUUGCAAAAGAUUGGAUGAUGACUUCCUGCGCUAUUGUUGGGUGAAUGUGUGUAAGAGGUUUCAAUAUAUCUAUUACGGUUAUUUUCACAAUUGGACCGAAGUGAAUGAUUAUUUGGCACAAAAUUUCGGUCAUCAAAUUGGCACCAAUGACUUCCCAAUGAAAAUAGUGAAACGAAUCAAUCUAUCAAAAUUAAAGUGUUCGAAAAAAUUCCUAAAUAAAUUACGUCUUGCUCACCCGGAGGUUGAAGAAGCUAAACUUUUUUCAUUUACGGACGAAUAUAUGGCUGAGCUUUUGCCGUUGCCAAAUCUGAAGGUCCUAAUAUGCAUUGGCACUUAUGAUCUGCGAGGCAGAAGUUUAAUAGACCUUUGUGGACUCACGGAACUACAUAUACAUACCAACAAAUCCAUAGAUGCGGAGAAUGUACUUCAGGCAACCUAUUACAAUCCGCUGCGAGUGCUAGUAAUUCCUAAUGACCCAGGAGUAUUUGCCGAAAGAUAUGCCUUUGAAAUGGUCGAUAAUCUGAAGUACCUCGAGAAACUGGUGGUCGAGUAUAAUCACUGCAAAUCUUGGCAAUUGAUUGGCACUUUACCCCGGCUGAAGAAACUUGAAAUUUGGGACUUUGUAACGCAUGGCUGUGCAUUUUGCUGGACAAAUCCAGACUCGUAUCAAACAUGUGCGCCCAACCACGAUAAAAUAUUCUUUAAUGAACUAUGCAAGAAAGACCAAUUGGAGGAGCUCAUUUUCUGUGAUGGUUGCCUAACAGAGUUUCACUUAACGGGAAUAUCUCAACUUAAGAGUUUGCGGAUAUUGAAGUUUUCGAGAGCUGCAUUCAUUGAUGAAGUUUCAUUGGAUGUAUUUGCAGAUUUGGUCAAUUUUGAAGAGUUACAUAUUGAUAACGGUAAACGAAUUCUUGCAUAUCAGUCAUUGGAAUUUUUUAGAAAUUGCCAAAAAUUAAAACGCGUUAAUUUCUGGUAUGCUGGCGGCAUUAAUGGCAACUUUAUUUCAAAAGCAAAUGACAUCUUAGGUAAAAGGAAGCCACCACCAAGAGAACCGGUCACCUUUGGAUUCCAGUUUUUAAACGCCAAUUACCUAAGAGCGACUAUUGAAGGACUGUACAUUAGCACGCCAGUGUUUUAUAUAAGGAUCACACAUUUGCAAAGGAAAUUUGUUGCUGCAGAAGAAUCGUAUCUGGAAACGGAAGAAGAAGCUGUUAGUCAAUCGCCUUUGCAAGGGGAACUGCUGAAAAGGAAAUUCUCAAUAAUGAACAUUGUCCCAGUGGAAACAGAAAUCAAAAUGGAAUUUGUUGGUCAAGUCGAAAAAAGGCAAGAUCCUGAGGGGCGCAGUGAAGGUGAAGAAUAA